UGGACUUGAUCAGUCGCGAUUCAUAUUCGUAGAUAUAUCUGCUAAAAUCUUUUCCUUUACGAUUUUAAAAAGUGUCAUUAGGAAAAACAUUGAUUUCGAAGAUGUUUGCUGUUGUAUUUGCACUUGCGCUUGCAACUGCAUAUGGAGCCGAAUUUCCCUCCUACAUCAACGUGUGUGGUCGCAAAAAUCCAAAUCUCAAUAAAUGCAUCUUAGACAAUAUAGAAAAUUUGAGAAGUAAGAUUUGCAAUGGACUUACGGAGUUAAAUCUUCCACCGCUUGAGCCCCUCAAUAUUGAAAGAUUAGUUAUUUCUGACAGUCCCCAAAACAAAAUAUAUUUAAAUGAUGUUAAGAUAUCAGGACUGUGUGAUUUUCAAGUCCAAGCUUUCAACGCAGAUCUCAACGACAAGUAUGACUUUGACUUCAAACUGCAUUUUAACCGAAUUUACUUGAAUGGCACGUAUGAUAUCAACGUACAGAUACUCGUGCCCAUUGUUCAUAAGGCUCCUAUUUAUCUUACUGCAGAUGACGUAAAACUUCACGCACUUCUACACUCGAAAAUGGUAACUAAAGGGGGCAAAAAUCGUUUAUAUAUAUCGGAACUAGAGCCACACAUUGAAAUGAACGGAUAUGAUAUUAAAUACGGUUUAACCGCUGAAGAACAAACCGAAUUAAGCAGAGCUGUUAGCGAUUUGAUAAGCAACAAUCAAGAGGAAUUUGCUCAAAGAUUCCUACCGUCAUUAGAGGAGGCGGUUGCCAAAUGGAUGAUCAAUAUUUUUAACAGCUUUUUCAAAACGUUCACUUACGAUGAGCUUUUCCCGGAUCGAGAAUAAAUCACUUACUACUUCAACUUGCAAAUAGUAAUGAUCAAAGUAAAAUAAUCAAAGCAAAAUCUGUUAUAAUAUUUUGAAUAUAUCGGCGAAUUUUAUUUUCACUGACUUAAUCAGUAAACAUAUAUGGAAGAACAUAUAUGGUCAUAUAAAUGUAGAUUAAUUAAUAGCAUAACAAUGACUAUGAAAUAAUUAGCUAAUCGAAAAUUGUUUGUCUCUAUAUUUCUUUGCAUAUAAAAUUUUGCGCCAACAUUUAAUACACUUGCAAUUCAAUAAUUAUUGAAAAAUAAGUGUAUAAGAAAAUUGCGACGUGUAUUUUAUUAUACAUAUGCACAUGAAUUCAUAUAAUCAUUAUUUUUACACGAAAUAAAUGCAUUAUUAUAAGCUAAUUUUUAUAAUGCUUAUUGUGUAUUUACUUAUGUGAAUUAUCUAUAUUAAAUUUACUUUGAAAU